GUCCCAAUUUCAUAAGCGGAACGUUCGAUUAAGACAGCGAAAAUUCUCCGUUACAAGCGUAGAAUGGUUCGGGAGGGAGGCACGCCUGAAACCUCUCUGAAUAUCGAGCAAUCGAUACGUGACUUGGUGCAAAUCACUGCCAACCUAGCCCAAGGUCACAAUCGUGAAGGGGAUUUAUCCGAAAAGGUUGCCCGUAGGAACCCACCAAUACUGAAUGGGAAAGGGGGACCUGAAGAAUUAGAGAACUGGGUUGGGGAAUUCGAUAAACUUUUCUUCACCUUAUCCUGCCCUGAUGAGAAAACUGUGCCCUUAGCGAGCUACUACCUUCAGGGAGAUGCUCAUUUCUGGUGGACCCAAGCUAAGAGCAACCUCCUGAGUCAGCCUGGUUUUGGGUGGGAAACUUUCAAAAAGGCCUUAAGGGACAAAUAUUACCCUCCAUACCUUAAGAAGCAGAAAGCCCAGGAAUUUAUGAUGUUGGAACAAGGGACUCUGUCUGUUGAGGAGUACUACCGGAAAUUCAUCGAGCUGAUGAGAUUUGCCCCGGAAAUAGCACCUACUGAGGAAUCUAAAGCCUCACGUUUCGAACUAGGACUUACCCUUGACCUGCAAGGAAGACUAGGGGGAGAUACAUUCACCUCUUUAGAUCAUGUGUUUGGCAAAGCUGCUCAUCUUUAUGCCAUCAGGAAGAGAGAGGAAGGGGGUAAGCAGGGUGAGAAACGAAAGAUAAUCCAAACCCUGAGGUCCAGAAGUUUGAGAAGAAGCAUAAUGGGAACCAAAACCAUCAAGACCCUCAAAGGAAUUUCGGUAAGGGACCCAAUAACAACAACGCUAAUCCCAACAACAAUAACCGCAAUAACAACACCAAUAACCGCAGAUCUGAGCGUGUGUAUAGGUGUAGAAAGUGCCCUAACAACCAUCCUGGUAGAGACUGUGAGGGUAACAAGGUGGAAUGUCGAGAAUGCGGGAAAUUGGGACAUAGGGCAUAUGAGUGCUACUCGAAGAACAAACUGAUCAACCCUAAUGGCCAAAAGAAUGGGAAUUAUGGGGACAAGCCCCGAAAUGGAAAUGGAAACGGGAAUGGAAAUGGGGGAAGUGCUUACAAUGGGAAUUCUAACUACUCCAAGCCUUAACCAACACCAAUAAUCAGACAUCUAAUGGGAACAAUGCAACCAAUUCCCAAGAUAAGGGCAAGGGGAAGCUGUAUAUGAUGUCGACUAGAGAACAAGAGGCUCGAAGGGAUGUUGUCUCGGGUACAUUUUCUAUCAACUCCACUCCUGUUAAAGUAUUGUUUGAUUCUGGAGCAUCAUUGUCAUUUAUUGCCCAUUCAACUGUUAGGACUUUAACAUUGAUCGAGUCUGAGUCGAUUUCUAUGCCUAUAGUCAUUCCG